ACAUCCAGACGACCACACUGACCAUCUCCAUGAACCUGAGUGCGUCGGUGGCCCUCGGGAUGCUCUACAUGCCCAAAGUCUACGUCAUCAUCUUCCACCCGGAGCUCAACGUGCAGAAGAGGAAACGCUCCUUCAAGGCCGUCGCCACGGCCGCCACCAUGUCGUCCCGACUCUCCCACAAGGCCAGCGACCGGCCCAACGGGGAGGCCAAGACGGAGUUGUGCGAGAAUGUCGACCCCAACAGUCCGGCAGCAAAGAAGAAGUUCGUGAGCUACAACGACCUUGUGAUCUAACGGCAUCAGAGCAAGAGACUGAAAACAGAGCGAUAGUUGGAGAUGUCUGGUCUCUGGCCCUGCUGGCUAAAAAAAACAGGGAUAGGCAGGAAAAAAGAAGAAGCAGAGAAGUAUGUUUUUUUUGUUGUUGUUGUUUAGUUCUAUGGUCUCAUGUGCUUCAUCGCCCACCAACAGACUCACGGAUGCUGAAGCAAAGCCUUGUGGGACUUUCCUCCGGACUUCAGACUUCCCCUCGGUCAAAGAGAAGCGAGGACGCACAGAGAGCGAAGACGCGCCGGGGAAAAAAAAAGACGUGAGGAUGUUCGGAAAGUUAAAAAAAAUAUAUAUAUAUAAAUCCUUCUGUUUGUGAGGUGAUGAUGGUACUGAGAGCAAACAUGGCAUCUUUGCAGCCUCGUGGGGGGGAGGGGCUCCGUGUUGAUUCUCUCUCUGCCCUUGAUGUCAAACGAAGCCGCGGCAGUCUGACGUGACCUUUCUAUGAAGCCCCGCCUCCUCUUGUCUUUUAAUGUACUUCCAAACUGCAAGUUUUCCAAUCUUCCCGUCCUCCCCGUGUGUGGCUCUUUAUGGCUUAUAUGUUACUUUGGUUGUCGCUUUUAUUUCCUUUUUCUUUUUCAAAGGCGACGAUGGUUAUGACGUUGGUGAUGAAUCUAUUUUGCUCUUCGCUUCUUGGAUGCACAAUGUUUUCUGUUUUUUAUUAAAGCCAUAUUCUUCACUUUGAGAUCUUUGAGGGCUCUUGCUGACGCUGCCACCUGGAAUCUGAUUGUUGCCACUAAAUAAACGUCCUUAAAGGCCCUGAAAACUGGUUUUCUCAAUCAGCUUCUUGCUGUGAGUGACACACAAACUCCCUGUUUUCAGUCACACGUACUAAUGCUGAAGUACUGGGGUUUACAAAGUCUGACACUGCCUUCAUUUGUCAAUUUAGUCAAAUAGUCUCUAAAAAGUAUGCUGAAUUAUCUGCAGUGAACCCAUUAACUACCAUUGGGUUCUGGUGAUGUUGAAGAAAACUUUAAGAUGUGAAGAUUCUCAGGCAAGUUCUGCAAUAGGAAGCGUCUUUGUUCUAUGAUUUCUAAGUGGAUUUAUGGACAUCUAUCUGUGACGCAGGUCAGAGAUAACGAUAUCCCCGGACAGUGUAAGUCACACUGAAUCGUAUUAUAAGUGUAUCAUGCUAUCGUGGUCAGGUUUGACUGAAACCUGAAGUCACGACUCCGAGAAGGAGCGCGCGAUUGUUGACGCAGAUUGUAGCAGUUGGGUGCGGAAGCGUUGUGAACGUAUAUGGGAAAUUCAAAAAUCGGGAAUUUGUGGCUUAAUAGGUGUUAGUUAUAUAUGUUGCCUUUCAUCAUCUGAAACCGCUUUUUGUACAAUUGCUUCUAUGUUCUUGUGUUUUGUUUUUUUUACCUUAAUUUAUUAUUUGUUUUAGAUGCGCAGAUCUGUGUGUGCAGCGCCUAAAUCAAAUUUCCUGUAUCUAAAAAGUCUCCUCCAUGAUCUGUGUGUCUCCUGCUGCAACUGCAAAAACACACUUCCUGUUGUUACACCUGCAUGCACCGUUCCCGUCUCACCUCACGCAUCUUUACCUCACUCUCCCUCCUCCUCCUCAGGGGGGAGGACGCCUCUCUUACAGUUCAAACCUCUGUUCUAGAGGAACACUAAGAUUUGACGCUGUGUUUUCAGGAGCUUUAACUAUCUGAGAUCAGCAAUGUGGACAUAAGACCAGAUUGACUCCAAAGUGUUCUCUUAAUUACUUGAACAGGUACGAGAUCUGAAGGAACCCCGUUUUUUCUCAGUAAUAAAUCCGAGCCAAGAACUUUUCAUGGCUGUCCCAAAAAAAAAAAAAACGGAUGAGAAGGAGAGCGAAAACUUGAGAGAUUCGCUUUUUCUGCUCAAAGGUUUUAUCGUAUGCGAGUCCAACAUUCCAACAGUACCUGUCAUCUGACGUUGGAGAAAAAUAAAAAAAUCAGACUCCUCAGAAGGACGCGGACACAAAAAGAAGGCUGCUUUUGUUUGAACUGUUUGACUUGUUGGUGGUCCCAUGAUGAAAGCAUUCCCAUCCCAACAUGUGUGUUCCUUCUCCACGAGCACAUACACGAUGACCUCUCCAGUCUUUUGUAGGUGUGUGAUGAUGAUGAUGAUGCUGAUGAUGAUGACGACCCUUAACUGUGUUGUAGCCGACUUUAAAAAGAACCCGCUUCGGUCCGGACUUCACCGGAUUUGCGCCGGCUCUCUGGUGAUUUCUUGGACUACUGAUACAACAAAAAAAAAGUGUUGAUGUCGAGGUUGUCAAUGCAUGCCUGAUAUGUUCGAUGUUGAAUCCGAAAAAAGAAAAAGAAAAAAAAGUUUAAAAUAAGGAAAUCCUCACAACAGUUGAUUCCACGUGUCUGCUCUGAAUUGUACUCUUUCUCUUUCUUUUCUUUCUUUCUGUUCGUUUUCUCCACCGUUUCUUUCUCACUCAGCAGAAUAUGGCUUUGAUUGGUUUCCUUAUUUUCCUGGAAACUACGGGAAAUGGAGAACAAGAUGAAUAUAUAUUUAAAAAAAACAAAAUACUUGUUAAAAAAACACAUCAAAAGGAAGCAUGUAUGUUUUCUACUGUUUGUACUAGUUAUAUUAAUGUUGCCCUUGCUGCUUAUGUGCCAAUGUUGUGGGAGAGAUUUUACAUUUGGCCACUCAUGCAACUAUUCUGUGGUGUUGUCCAAGAAUGUAUCGACAUGAAAUAAAAAAAAAAUAUUUGGUUA